GAUAACAAGAAAGCAUGCGGAAACGCUCUGUCACAAUAGAUGGGGCGGGACUUGAAGCGAAACUCCAGGUUCCAAAAUGGCAGCGUCCAUGGAGCUAAGCUUGAACAAUUUACCCUCCGAUCCUUUGCUGUUAAUGUUAUCCUUUCUUGACUUUAGAGAUUUGAUCAGUUGCAGUUUUGUGAGUAGACGACUCAACGAGCUUUCCGGUCACAACCCAUUAUGGAAAGGCCUCUGUUUGAAACAUUGGCUCUUAACUGAGUCAGACAAAAUUCAGAAGUUUCAAACCUGGAAGGAACUCUUCCGAGAGUUCUAUACUGACUUGGGUCGUUACAUUGAUCACUAUGGCACCCUGAAGAAAGCCUGGGAUGACCUGAAGAGAUACCUUGACCAGCAGUGCCCCAGGAUGAUUGCCUCUCUCAAAGAGGGAGCAAAGGAGGAAGAGCUGGAUGGCAUUGAGGCCCAGAUUGGUUGCAAGCUUUCAAAUGACUAUCGGUGCUCAUACCGGAUACACAAUGGGCAGAAGCUGGUCGUUCCUGGGUUAAUGGGAAGCAUGGCCUUGUCUAACCACUACCGCUCAGAGGACCUGCUGGAUAUUGAAACGGCAGCAGGUGGCUUUCAGCAGCGCAAGGGCAUGAGGCAGUGUUUGCCCCUCACCUUCUGCUUCCACACAGGCCUCAGCCAAUACAUGGCCCUGGAGGGCACUGAGGGCCGCAGCCGCAGCGAGAUCUUCUACCACUGCCCGGAUCAAAUGGCACAAGAUCCAUCUGCAAUUGACAUGUUCAUCACAGGGUCCAGCUUUACUGAGUGGUUUACCUCAUACGUCCAUAAUGUGGUUACAGGAGAAUACCCCAUCAUCCGGGAUCAGAUCUUCAGGUACGUCCAUGAUAAGCAGUGUGUUGCCACCACGGGGGAUAUUACUGUUUCAGUGUCUACCUCUUUCUUACCGGAGCUUAGCUCUGUGCAUCCUCCACAUUUCUUCUUCACCUAUCGGAUCAGGAUUGAAAUGGCAAAGGAUGCCCUCCCUGAGAAUGCUUGCCAACUGGACAGUCGUUAUUGGAAGAUCACCAAUGCUAAUGGCAACGUGGAGGAGGUCCGUGGGCCAGGCGUUGUUGGAGAGUUCCCGGUGAUGACUCCGGGUAAAGUACAUGAGUACGCCAGCUGCACAACCUUCUCUACUACCUCAGAGUACAUGGAAGGCCACUACACCUUCCACCGUCUCAAGAACAAAGAGGAGAUCUUCGACGUCUGCAUCCCCCGCUUUCACAUGGUUUGCCCUCCGUUCCGUGAGUCAAUUGUACGGUCGCAGGGAUCAGCAAGGGAUGUUUCAAGUGCAUCUUUUAACGAAGACAACUCGUCAGACACCGAUGACCAUAAUGAGGGUGAGCUUCGAGGCAUUAAUAUGGCAGCCCCAGGGGGACGAUGCCCACGCCACAUCUGAUACACUUUUCUCACCACAGGACUCAAUUAGGAAAGGGGCUAGGAAGGACUUUCACAAUUACAUAAGAGUAAAUUUAGUUUUUUGUUUGUAAAGCUGUAUUUACCAUUGGCUGAUAGUCAUUGCCCUGUGUGAACCUUUCCACCCCAGCUCGAUGAGAUACUACCACAGCCUCUGCAAUAUGCCCUCCCAUGUAAAUCCAAGAUCGCUCCAUUGUUUGUUUUCUCAUUUUUUCAACAAUGGAGCGAUCUGGAACUGGACAUUGUCUAUUGAGAGCAGGGUUGUCACCUCUUUUUCAAUAGUAACAUUGUUCAUUCUCUAGCUGGCUGCCUAGUGCAUAGAGCUAAAGUGUAGUUUGGUGCUCUAUCUAAAUCCUGAGUAUUCCCUUUUUUCCUUGGCAUAUGUAGUGUGUGUGUAGUCAUAUUCCUUGUAUAAAAAGCCACAGCAUCUCAUUGAUGUAUUGUCAAUGCAUCAUCAAAAAGUACUUGUUUUUACAUUGCAGCUGUUUCUGCAGCAGUGUUAAACAUGUGUAACUAUGAUGAUCUUAAUCAGAGAUGCUCACUGCCAGUGGUUUUUCAAACCAACAAAAAAAACAAGGAAUUAUAUGGAAACACACAACUCAUAAAAGCUGGGAUGUUUGCAUAUGCUAACAACAAUGACAAAGAGAAGCCCACAUCAAAACUGUUGUGCUACAUUGGAUGCUGUCUGUAUAUCUAAUCGAUAUUCAGGAACAUGUUAAUGUGGGCUUGACUCUGUCAUGCAUUAUCUCUGUCAUGCAUUAAUGCAUAUCAUAUUUUAUUAAUUGCAAUGUGAUUAUGACUAUGAUCCUUUGAAAGUCUGCAGAAACAAACAACUGUUUAGUAAAGCAGCCAAUCAGUGUGCAGUUUCUCAUAGAAAUCUGAAUGUUUGAACAAUGAGCUAUAGCACCCUCUGUAUUUAUUUGGACAGUGAAGCUACAAUUAGUAAAUUUGGUUCUACUCCAGCAUUUUCAAUUUGAGAUCAAGUGUUUUAUAUGAGGCGACAGUACAGAAUGUCACCUUUUAUUUGAGAUUAUCUCUAUACAUAUCUGUUUUGCUGUUUACAAAUGAAUGCACUUUAUGUACAGUGCCUUCAGAAAGUAUUCCCACCCAUUUACUUUUUCCACAUUUUGUGUUACAGCCUGAAUUUUAAAAUGGAAUAAUUUGAGAUUUUGUGUCCCUGGCCUACACGUAAUACCACAAUGUCAAAGUUGAAUUUUGUUUUUAGAAAUGUUUACAAGUUAAUUAAAAAUGAAAAGCUGAAA